UUAAUUGUAGUAAAUGGUCUUUCCAAAGUUGAGUACGUAGCUUUCCUUCUCUGAGUCUCCUCCCCCAUAAAUCUCGCCUUUCGUCAAUCAACUUGACCCCAAAGAUUUCACUUUUUGCUAACAAGUGGACAGCCCCCACUUUCUCCAAUGAAGAAUUACUCUCUGACGGGGAGAGAAUUUAAUUUUCCUGGUGACCCUUUUGUCUAGCUUUGCGUAGGAUUGAGAAAUGACAGAGGUUGAUUGAAUCGAUGGGUACCAACAGGUUUUUCACAUUGAAGAAAACCCAUUUUGAUUUCGUUUUGGGUUUUAUGCAUGGGUUUUUGUGUAGAAUUAUGUUUCCAGCUGUUGAUUCUUUGUGGGUCUUUCUCUCCAAGUUCAUUGUUUAUGUUUUUGGAUCAAUCAUUGGAUUGAUCUUCAGGUUUCCAGGCGGCAAUAGGUGCCUUGAGGAGAAUGACUCUGGGGCUUGUUUGGAUUCAAACUUUGAUGGGUUGAAGGAAAGACAAAGUCGUGAUUGUGUUGAUCACGGAAAUUGUGGAGGAGAGGAUUCCGCCCUGGUGGCAGGCACAAGCAAGUAUGAGUUUUUGUACAGGAAACGUAUCACUGGAUUCGUUGAAGAACCGAAAACCGAGAGCUAUACCGUGCACGAGUUCUACAUGGGUUCAAAUGAUUAUGCCGAUUGCAAUGGUGGAAUUCCUGAUUCAAGGGACUCUGCCGAUGGUGAUGUUGGGAAAAUCGAGUUCGAACUGGAGGAUGUUAUUGACGAGGAAAUUGACAGGAAAACAGAGAGUUCUGUCGAAGAGAAAGCAGAGGACUCUACUGAAAGUUUCAUGAUUGAAAAGCUUUUGGAUGAAGAAGAAGAACCGCAGGUAGUAGAGUCAAAUGAUGUUUUUGAAAAUAAAACAGAGGAAUCUGCUCUGAGGUUUAGCUUUGUCUUCGAGAAACAAAUCAAACUAGAACAGUUAGUUGAAGCAGAGGUUACCGUCGAGGAAGCAGAGGCUACAGAAACGGAAGUUGCUGUUAAGGAGCAAGCACAGGACUCUGUUGAGAAUUUCAUUGUUGAAAAACUUUUGGAGAAACCAAAACAGGGGAUUGAAACGGAAGAUACUUUCGAAGAAAAAUCAGAGGUAGCUGCUGAGAAUCACUUUAUUGAAAAGAAUUUAGAGAAACGCAAACGUGAAAUAGAAGACAAUGACCAUGUUGAAGAGAAAUUCGGGGACUUUUUGGAGAGUCCUGUAAUUGACAUGUACUUAGAGAAAUGGAAACAGGAAAAGGACGAAUCUAACGAGGACGGAGAAGUUUUUAGCACAAGAAGCAAGGUUGACGUUGAGUCAAUUGCUCAAGAAGUUUUGGCCAACAGGGUGGACUCGAGACCUGAAAGUCUCCUGGCAACCGAUGGCCACGAAACUCAUGAAAGAAAUACAUGUAUUACAGAUCACGAGGCAGCAAUUCUUACAGGUCAAAUCAAUGAUUCUGAUGAUGAAUUUAUAGAACUGGAACCCCUGUCUGAAAAACUGUGUGUAAUGGGAGAAACAGAGUCUAGAGAAGGUUUAGCCAUUGAGCAUGAAGAUGACCCAGAAGAGUCGAUAAUUCCCCCAGAAAAAACCAUGGAACCAACCAUGCAGGAGGAGGAAUCCGACUCAAAUUAUGAGGAUCAAGAUGAUUCAGAGCAUGAUGACUUGAUAGAGCGGCUGAAAAUGGAACUGAAAAUCGCCAGAACUGGGGGACUUCCUACAAUUUUGGAAGAAUCCGAGUCUCCGAGGAUGGUACAAGAGCUGGGGCCACUGCAAAUCGAUGAAAAAUAUGAUCACAAACAUCAUAUCGUUGAAAUUAAAAAGGUUUACAGGAGCUACUCUGACAGAAUGAGGAAGCUGGACAUUCUGAAUUCCCAGACCAUGCAUGCAAUCAGUUUACUUCAACUUAAAAACCCAGUUCGAUUAAGUAAAGUUGGAAAAUCAUCAGCUCCAGCAGUAAAGUCAAUUCUCUCACAGAACGUAUGGCCAUUCAAGCAACGGAAGCCUGAAGCUGACCCAACAAUGAAGUUGAUUAGAGAUUUGCAAAGGGACUUUGAGACGGUCUAUGUUGGACAAGUCUGCCUUUCCUGGGAAAUACUAAAUUGGCAAUAUGGAAAAGUAAAAGAGUUGUUGGGAUGUGACAGCCACGGAAUUCGUCAGUAUAACCAAGUUGCUGGGGACUUCCAACUUUUUCAAGUGCUUGUGCAAAGAUUUUUGGAGAACGAACCCUUUCAAGGCAGACCAAGAGUUGAAUAUUAUGUCAAGAACAGAUGUGCACUUCGGCAUCUUCUUCAAGUUCCAGUGGUUAAAGAUGAUGGUUCAAGAUACAAGAAUGGAGCUGGAGAGGAAGAUGCAGUGUCAAGUGAAAUGUUGACAGAUAUCAUCGAGGAAUCAAUGCAGGUUUUCUGGGAAUUCCUUCGUGCUGAUAAAGAUGAAGCAAAUGCGACCUCCAAGACUCCCCAGCAAGCCCAGGUUGCUCCACAUGACCCCACUGAUUUAGAGCUAUUGACGGAUGUUAGAACAGAUCUUCAAAAGAGGGAGAAAAGGCUGAAAGAAAUUCAGAGAAGUACAAACUGCAUAAUCAAGAAGUUGCAGAGGCAACACCAUCGGAAUCUGUUAGACCAUGCACUUUUCAUAGCUCAAGUUGAGCUGAAAUUGGUCUCAAGAGUGCUAAACAUGUUGAAAAUAACCACAGAUCAGUUGGUUUGGUGUCAUGAGAAGUUAAACAGGAUAAACUUUAGUAGCAGAAAGAUAGAGUUAGAGGCCUCAUUUACACUCUUCCCAUGUUAAACAUGGUGACCACCCCAGGCCAUUGCCACUAUACUCCAUGUCAGUUGUGAAUAUAUACAUGAACAGAUAGAGCAAUACAAAGAUAUUGGCAUUUUGACACAAAAA